CUCACACUUGUUUCGUUCGUUCGCUCGUUCGUUUUUCGGAUCUGAGUUUCGCUCGUCGGACCCUUACCCGUUUUCCAAAACCCGACCGAAAAACCCUUAAACCACCGUAAACUACGCCGUAGGUCUCCAUCUUUGUCGCCGAGGCGGGGCGGCUGGUUCGUUUCGCAUUUCCACGUCGACGAUCGGACGGCCGUUCGAGGAUUGAGAAGGGGAAGGCAGGAGUUGGUGUUUUUUCGGAUUCCUUUUUUCCAUCAUGAUAUAAGGAUCACAAGAAAAUAAUGGCGUCAAAAGGUCCCAGGUCUAAGCUUGAUCAUGAGACAAGAGCUAGGCGCCAAAAGGCACUUGAAGCGCCCAGGGAACCUCGUCGCCCUAAAACUCACUGGGAUCAUGUUCUAGAAGAAAUGGUCUGGUUAUCCAAGGACUUUGAGUCUGAGAGAAAAUGGAAAUUGGCUCAGGCAAAGAAGGUGGCCUUGAAAGCAAGCAAGGGCAUGGUGGAUCAGGCCUCCAGAGGAGAAAAGAAAUUGAAGGAAGAAGAGCAACGGUUGCGGAAAGUUGCUCUCAACAUUUCGAAGGAUGUGAAGAAAUUCUGGAUAAAGAUCGAGAAGCUGGUGCUUUACAAGCAUCAGAUGGAGCUUGAUGAGAUAAAGAAAAAAGCGCUUGAUAAACAACUUGAGUUUCUUUUAGGGCAAACUGAGAGGUACUCAACAAUGUUAGCAGAAAAUCUAGUGGACUCGCACAAACCAGUGCAACAAUCUGCUGUGCAGGAACAUCUGAGUAUUCAAUAUAAGGAAGCAGAUGAAAACAAUGCUGAAGAAAUCUCAGAAUUUAAUGUUGAGCCUGUGUCUGAUGUUGCAGACGUUGACGAAGAUUUUGAUGUGCAAUCUGAAGAUGAAUCAGAAGAUGAUGAGCACACUAUUGAGGAAGACGAGGCUCUUAUAACUAAAGAAGAAAGGAAAGAAGAGUUGGAAGCCUUACAAAAUGAAACAGAUAUUCCGCUUGAGGAGUUGCUUAAACGUUAUGCCAUGGAUAAAGUUAGCAGAGAUAGUAGUUCUGAGAUGUGUGUAGAUGAAGCUAAGCCAACUACGGUGGAAGAAGAUCAUGACAAGGGCAGUGGAAAUGAUCCUUCUGAAAGUAAGACUGACUCAAGCAGCUAUCUUGUUCGUCGUUGUGAUGAAAGUAAUGGUGGCUUGUCCAUAUCAGAAAACCAUUUGUCAGAUAUUGAGACUUCUAAAUUGAAAAAUUCAUCAGAUAACUCUGGGGUCUCUGCCCAAAAGCAUGUGAUUUACGAUUUUACUGAUGAACAGGAAGAUGGUGAUUUUGUUCUUGCUACUGGAGAAGACAAGGAUGAUGAGACAACCUUAUCAGAGGAGGAGGAAUUGGCAAAAGCAGAUUCAAACAAUCACGUAGAUGAGAUUGCAUUACUGCAAAAGGAGAGUGAGAUUCCAGUGGAGGAAUUGCUAGCAAGGUAUAGAAAGGAAUUCAACAAUGAUGAAAUUUCAGAGGAUGAAUCUGAUUAUGCCUCUGCUUUAUCAGAGGACCUCACAGGUUCUCCAGCCCUUGAAAACAUUGAAUUAAAUCAGCAGGAUAAUUCCAUGGAUGAAAAUGUUGAUCCUGGUGAAAGCCAAACGGUUCAUCAUCCCCUUACGGAAGAGCAAGAAGCAGGAUCAAAGACAAAAUCAGAAGAAGGAAGAGAGAAUGAGGAUAGAAUUGCUGAUGCUGCUGCGGCAGCAAGAUCAGCUCAGCCAACAGGAAUUACAUUCUCUACUACCAAAGUGCGUACAAAGUUCCCUUUUCUUCUCAAGCAUUCUCUUCGUGAGUAUCAGCAUAUUGGCUUGGAUUGGCUUGUUACCAUGUAUGAGAAAAGAUUAAAUGGAAUUCUAGCUGAUGAAAUGGGACUGGGAAAGACAAUCAUGACUAUUUCUCUGCUUGCACACCUGGCAUGCGAAAAGGGCAUAUGGGGUCCACAUCUGAUUGUGGUUCCAACUAGUGUCAUGCUUAACUGGGAAACUGAGUUUCUUAAAUGGUGUCCUGCCUUUAAAAUUCUGACAUACUUUGGCAGUGCAAAAGAACGCAAAUUUAAGAGGCAAGGUUGGAUGAAACCUAACUCCUUUCAUGUGUGCAUCACAACUUACAGACUUGUUAUACAGGAUUCUAAAGCCUUCAAGCGGAAGAAGUGGAAAUACUUGAUUUUGGAUGAAGCUCAUUUGAUAAAAAACUGGAAGUCUCAAAGAUGGCAAACUCUUUUAAACUUCAAUUCUAAAAGGCGUAUUUUGUUAACUGGUACCCCCUUGCAGAAUGAUCUCAUGGAACUCUGGUCAUUAAUGCAUUUCUUAAUGCCCCACAUCUUUCAGUCUCAUCAGGAAUUCAAGGAUUGGUUCAGUAAUCCGAUAUCAGGGAUGGUAGAGGGUCAAGAAAAAGUGAACAAAGAAGUUGUAGAUCGCCUGCAUAAUGUUCUUCGGCCAUUCAUACUCCGUCGAUUGAAAAGGGAUGUUGAGAAGCAAUUGCCUAUGAAACAUGAGCAUGUCAUAUAUUGUAGACUGUCAAGGCGGCAGCGUAAUUUGUAUGAAGACUUCAUUGCUAGCUCAGAGACCCAGGCCACCCUUGCAAGCUCCAAUUUUUUUGGGAUGAUUAGUGUCAUAAUGCAACUUCGAAAAGUCUGCAACCAUCCUGACUUAUUUGAGGGCCGACCAAUUGUAAGUUCUUUUGAUAUGAAUGGUAUUGAUAUCCAGUUGAGUUCUUCUGUUUGUUCGAUGCUUUCACCUGGUCUAUUUUCUACUGUAGACCUGAAGGGUUUGGGACUUUUGUUUACUCAUCAUGAUUUUAGCAUGACUUCAUGGGAGAGUGAUGAAGUAAAUGCUAUUGCUACCCCACCGGCCUUGAUUAAAGAGCGUGUUGACCUGCGUAGCCUAGAAGAAAUUGGGCCAUUCUCUAAACAUAAGAAGUUAAAUGGGACAAAUAUUUUGGAAGAGAUUCGGAAGAAAAUAUUGGAGGAGAGAUUGAGGGAAGCUAAGGACCGAGCAGCAUCUAUUGCUUGGUGGAAUUCGUUGAGGUGCCAGAAAAAACCUGUAUACUCAACAACUCUGAGGGAACUUCUAACUGUAAAAUAUCCUGUUUGUGAUGCUCUUCAUCAAAAGACUGAUCGUAUGUCCUACUUGUACUCCUCUAAACUUGCUGAUAUUGUCCUCUCACCAGUUGAACGGUUUCAGAACAUGAUUGAUCUGGUUGAAAGUUUCAUGUUUGCAAUCCCAUCAGCUCGCGCCCCUGCACCGGCUUGUUGGUGCAGUAAAAGUGGAGCUCCUGUGUUUCUGCACCCAACUUAUAAGAAAAAAUGUUCUGAAGUUUUGUUGCCUCUUCUUUCUCCUAUUAGACCGGCAAUUGUCAGGAAGCAGGUAUAUUUUCCAGACAGGCGACUGAUACAAUUUGACUGUGGUAAGUUGCAAGAGCUUGCAAUUUUGCUCAGGAAAUUAAAAUCUGAAGGUCAUCGAGCAUUAAUAUUCACACAGAUGACAAAGAUGCUCGAUAUUUUGGAGGCUUUCAUAAAUUUAUAUGGUUACACGUACAUGCGUUUGGAUGGAUCAACUCAACCAGAGGAGAGGCAAACAUUAAUGCAGCGGUUUAACACAAAUCCUAAAAUAUUUCUUUUCAUUUUGUCAACCCGUAGUGGAGGUGUUGGGAUCAACCUUGUUGGGGCAGAUACAGUUAUCUUCUAUGAUAGUGACUGGAAUCCUGCUAUGGAUCAGCAAGCUCAAGAUCGCUGCCACCGGAUAGGACAGACACGUGAAGUACAUAUCUACCGGUUAAUUAGUCAGAGCACUAUUGAAGAGAACAUCUUGAAAAAAGCAAAUCAGAAACGUGCUCUUGAUGAUCUAGUAAUUCAGAGUGGAGGAUACAACACUGAAUUUUUCAAGAAGCUUGAUCCUAUGGAGUUGUUUUCUGGUCAUAGAACGCUUCCCGUUAAAAAUAUGCAGAAGGAGAAACAUAACAACAGUGGAAUUGAGGUUUCUGUGUCUAAUGCUGAAGUGGAAGCUGCUUUGAAAUGUGUAGAAGAUGAAGCAGAUUACAUGGCAUUAAAGAGAGUUGAACAGGAAGAGGCUGUUGAUAACCAAGAGUUCACGGAAGAAGCCAUUGGGAGACUUGAAGAUGAUGAGCUUGUAAAUGAAGACAAUGUGAAAUCUGAGGAGCCUGCUGAUCAGAGUGGCUUGAUGAAUAUUUCAAACAAUGAUAAUGGGAUGAUGUUAAAAGGCACCAAUCCAAAUGAGGAGAGAGCUCUUGCUUUUGCCGAGAAAGAAGAAGAUGUUGACAUGCUGGCUGAUGUCAAACAGAUGGCGGCAGCAGCGGCAGCAAGUGGACAAGCUAUUUCAUCUUUCGAGAAUCAGCUACGUCCAAUUGAUCGAUAUGCCAUAAAUUUUAUGGAGCAGUGGGAUCCUAUAAUCGACAAGACAGCUGUGGAAUCUGAAGUUAGAUUUGAGGAGACAGAAUGGGAACUAGAUCGUAUAGAGAAGUAUAAGGAGGAAAUGGAAGCUGAGAUUGAUGAUGAUGAGGAGCCGUUUGUAUAUGAAAGUGAGCCUCAAUUUAGGUCAUGUAUCUCAAUUAAAGUUCAGUAUUUCUGUGACAGUGCUUUCAAGUUUGUUCUGAAGCAUCUUCCUUCUGCUCCAGAUGAUGAGACAACCUUAUCAGAGGAGGAGGAAUUGGCAAAAGCAGAUUCAAACAAUCACGUAGAUGAGAUUGCAUUACUGCAAAAGGAGAGUGAGAUUCCAGUGGAGGAAUUGCUAGCAAGGAAUUCAACAAUGAUGAAAUUUCAGAGGAUGAAUCUGAUUAUGCCUCUGCUUUAUCAGAGGACCUCACAGGUUCUCCAGCCCUUGAAAACAUUGAAUUAA